AUGAAUCAGUACAAUGUAUACCAUCAGGUGGGACUUGUGGCAAUAAAUUUGUAUGGAAAACCAUUCAGAAGCUUCGGUAAAGAUGAAAAGGUGGAGAUUUUUCAUCGAAAUGACAAGAAGAUGACGAGAAACGUGGAGAAUUGGAGCUUUCCUAUUGAGCCUGACAACAAGAUAACAAGGAGGAUGGAAGAGAUACAAAGUGCAAAGGAAAAAGCAGUGAUUUGUGAAGAUUAUGACCAAGCAAAACGACUCAAGGAGAUGGAAAUACAGUUGAAGAGCACUGGUCAAAAACUUGCAAGACUGGAAGCACAGAAGAGAAAAGCAGUCAAGUAUGAAGAGUUUGAUCUUGCCAAGACAAUUAAAUUGGAAAUGGAGAGGCUUGAAGCUUUUGUUGAGAGUGUUAAUGAAUCAGAGCAGAUGCUGCCAUUACCAAGAGUCAGGGCGAACUCAUUAUUGAUGAGUCAAGAGGUGGAGAGUGUCGCGUCGGGAGAGAUGUGUUUGGAACCAUUGCAGUUCGCAGAGAGUGAGGGUUCUAGUGGAGAUAAAGGUAAUGGCUCAUUGCGGCGUUCUGCUCAAGGCAGCUCUUUGAGCGGCAAAAAGCAGGAUCCCUGUAAUGGUGACAACGAUACUGAUCAAGAAGACGGCAAUGAUGAAGACUUGAAAUUGUGUUUUGGAAAGAUGCCGGAUGCUGCUAACUUGCCCGAUUCGGAGGAAAUAUCUGCAGAACUUGCAAAGAAGAGCGAGGAACUUAUCGCAGUAUUUGGACCCUUCCUCAUGCGAUGCUUUUACAGUAACGUGUGGAACCAUCGGGACGCUGCGAUUCGCAAAGUUACCAUGGAAAUCAAUAACUAUCCGGUUGAACCGAUAAGAUUGCUCGAAGUGUGCGCGACAUUAGCGCAAAAUGGCGCCGAAGACGGCAAUGUUCAGGUCGUACUUUCUGCUUUUGGUCUGCUAGACCGAAUGGUGUCGUUUGGUGCAAGUGUUUGCCACGAUGAUAUGUGCCGGAUCCUUGGCAACAGUAUGGCUCAGCUAGUCAAUAAUCUAGGUGGGUCCCAGAUAAGGGUUCGUGACAAAGCAGUGGCCGUAUUGGAGCAUCUAGCAGCCGCUAAUAACGCAGGUGUGGCCUUUGUGUCAUCACAUCUCACCAAACGCUCUAACACGCCGCUAGGACUUGGCAUUGUGCGGGGUCGAUUGCUGAUGCUAAAAACACUGCUGGCAAAGUUUGAGCUGAUCUGUGAGUCCAACUUUUCGGCACCUAGUAUCAUUGGAUUCCUUGAAGACACCAACAGCCUCACGCAUCAGUGUCGUGAAAUCCGAGACACUGCAAAGGAUAUCGUUGUGUCGCUUUAUCUUGCCAUAGGCGCUGAAGUAGAAAUCUACUUGCAAUUUCUACAGCCGAAACAGCUAGAAGAAUAUCAAGCAGCGUUUGAGACAGUCGAGAAGGCGAAGGUUUUGAACCAUCAUAGUAGUGUGACUAGUGCUUCAAACGGCAAUGGUGGCAUAGUUCGUUGCAACGAGAAAGAAUGCGAGAUUCAAUUGCGGUUUGAGCUUGAAGUUGAGGAUGCGAGUGAUAGCGAAGACAAAGAAUCUGGGAAUGAGUAUACAUGUCCAUUUUGUGGUGUUGAGGACGAAAGCUGCGACUCAGACUUUUUGGUUCGGCAUUUUUGGGGAUCGUGUAAAAUGCUAACGCCAUGCAAGAUGUGUGGUCAAGUAAUUGAGAUUGCGACUCUAACUGAGCACUUACUGGUAGAGUGCGAGAUGCGGCAGAAUCACCGGAAAUGUUUGCGUUGUGGUGAAGCCAUUACGACUAAAUUCUAUGAGCGGCACGUGUCUCUUAACGAUUGUGCCCCCUAA